GGUGGAGGUGGAGGAGGGCUCUGUGGUGGAGCAGGCUGGAGAGAGGAGAGGACCAGGGCCUGGGGGUCCCAUCCCCACCCUCACAUUCGAGCCCCCAGAGGAGAGAUGUGUGUCUGUGAAGGAGGAGCACUCACCCAGCACAGGAGGGACUCUCUUAAUCCCAAGUCAGGGGGCACGCAGAGCUGUCUCUCCUACUCCCAGUGGAGACUCCAUGAAGAGCCACUGUUCAUGCCGAACACCCCCAAACUUCAGCCCUGAUGUGAAGCAGGAUGAGGGUCAAGACUCUCCAGAAGACAGCGCUGUGUCUGUGAGAAGUGCUGAAGACACCCCACUGGACAACAGCAAGUUGAGCGAUGGCCGUCUCUCGCUGGGCCUGGCCAGGUGUGACGUGUGUAUGAAGGGGCUGACGGACCCUGUGACCUCCAUCACCUGUGGACACCGGUUCUGCGUGGACUGUAUCUCCAGCUACCUGGACCAAUCUGGAACGGCAACAUUUUCCGACUGCCCUGUGUGUGGCAAGGAUGCUUUGAAAACCGUAAUUCAAGCUCAUAAGCUGAAUUUGAAGAGGAGGUUUGAGUCCGUUAGCGAAGGCAGCGCAUGUUCAGAAACCCGAACUCUCCUGGAAAACAUCUACACAGAGCUCCAAAUCACAGAGGGAGAGAGCGAAGGGGUGAAUAAGGAACAUGAGGUUAGGCAACUUGAGUCCACGCUCAAGACCCAAGCCAGUGCGGACACAGCUAUCAACUGUAACGACAUCUUCAAACCUUUACCUGGCCAAGAGAGACACAUCAGGACAGUGAUAACCAAGGGAAUCGCUGGCGUCGGGAAAACCGUGUCCGUGCAGAAGUUCGUCCUGGACUGGGCGGAAGGGCGGGCGAACCAGGAUGUGGAGUUCGUGUUCGUGCUGCCGUUCCGAGAGGCCAAUUUGAUUAAAGACACAGAAUACAGUCUCCACGGCCUUCUUCUGAAAUUCCACCCUGAGCUGAAAGGUUUGAGGAGCUCCAAGCAAUACGAAGCCUGUCAACUGGUGUUCAUCUUUGACGGCCUGGAUGAAAGUCAACACACACUGACGUUUCCUGUGGCCCCCAUCUUGUUGGACGUAACACAGACGUCAUCAGUGGAGGCUCUCAUAACAAACCUCAUUAUAGGGAGUCUGCUUCCUUCGGCUCGCGUAUGGAUCACUUCACGACCAGCUGCAGCCGAUCAGAUUCCCCCGGAGUACAUCCAUCGGGUGACAGAGGUACAAGGGUUCAGCGAACCGCAGAAAGAAGAGUACUUCCGGAAGAGAAUCAGUGACCCCAGUAGGGCUGUCAGAAUCAUAGCUCACCUGAAGGCGUCCAAGAACCUCCACGUCAUGUGUCACAUUCCGGUCUUCUGUUGGAUCGCGGCCACCGUGCUCCAGGAGAUAUGGGAUCAGAGCGGCACAGCCAUUCCCAAAACCCUGACCGAGAUGUUCAUCCACUUCCUGCUCAUUCAGACAAUCGCCAAGAGUCACAAGUACGAUCAAGGAAGUGGCUCGGGAGAACAAGUAAAGAUCCUGAAAUCAAACCUAGGCAUCACUCUGAAAUUGGCCAAAUUGGCCUUCAAACAUCUUGAAAAGGGCAACCUUAUGUUUUACGAGGAAGACCUGCGAGAGGAUGGUAUUGACGUCCAUGAAGCGGCAGUAUAUUCUGGGAUGUGUACUGAGAUCUUUCGAGCGGAAUCUCUCUUUGGCCAGGCAAAGGUUUACAGCUUUGUCCAUGUGACCAUACAGGAGUUUCUGGCAGCAUUUUUCGUAUUCCACUCAUACAUGACCAAGAAUCGAGAGGGCCUGAUGUCGUUCUUCCCAGACGAAACCUCCAACCCAAAGUCAACGAACACAGCAGUUGGUCCUCUAAAGGGUCUCUUCAAAAAGAGGACCACAGCACAGCGUGAAGAUCUGGCCUUGCACACUUUACUCAAGGCCGCUGUCGACAAGUCCCUUCAGAGCAAGAACGGACACCUCGAUCUUUUUCUUCGCUUCCUUCUUGGCAUCUCCCUGGAGGCCAAUCAGAGGCUCCUUCAAGGCUUGCUGUCUGGCACGGAGAACACUUCCAAAGGCAUUGGCAAGACCAUAGCCUACGUCAAAUCCAUGAAUGAGACCCACGUUUCGCCCGAGAGGUACAUCAACCUCUUCCACUGUCUGUUGGAGAUGAACGAUCACACCAUUCAUGAGAAGAUCGAGCGCUACCUGAAGUCUGAGAAGGAGCAGAAAAAAACCCUCAGCCCGUCCCACUGCUCGGCGCUGGCGUCCAUGCUGAUGAUGUCAGGCAAGACUCUGGACGAGCUGGACUUGAAGAAGUACAACACAUCAGAUGAGGGACGGAAGAGACUGCUCCCAGUGGUGAGGUGCUGCAAGAAGGCUGUCCUGGCUGGCUGUAAUCUCAGUCCAAAGUGCAUUGAGCUGGUGCUCUCAUCUCUGGCGCUGGUCAACUCACCCCUGAGGGAGCUGGACCUCAGUGAGAGUCACCUGCAGGAUUCAGUGGCCCAGCAUCUGACCGACCAGCUCAGGAAUCCGCUCUGUAAACUGGACUCAUUGAGAUUAUCAUCUUGUGGAAUGACAGAACAUAGUUGUGCGUCUCUGGCCUCCAUCUUGAGUUACCCCACCUCUUGUCUCAGAGUGCUGGACCUUAGUAACAACCAACUAUAUGACGCCGGCGCCAAACUGCUCACAGACCAGCUGGGGAGUCCACACUGCAAACUGGAGACGCUCAGGCUGUCGUCCUGUCGUCUCUCUGAGCUGGGCUGUGAUUCUCUGACCCGUGCUGUGAGCUCUAAAUCCUCCCGUGUGAGAGAGCUGGACCUGAGGCACAACCACGUUGGCCAAUCAGCUGCCCAUCUGCUCCUCUCCGCCGUGCAGCACCCGCAAUGUAAACUAGAGACACUCGGAUUAAAUGGAGUUUCAGACUUGUGGUUAGAAGUCGGACCAGGGAAAUACUCUUGUGAACUAACGCUGGACGAGAACAGCGCAAAUGACCACCUGGCAUUUACCGAGGAGUGCACGAAAGUGCUGUUCCUGGAGGAUCCCCAGUUGUACUCCAACCGCCCCGACAGGUUCAGUUUCUGGCCCCAGGUGCUGUGUAAGGAGGCCUUGUCUAGCCCCUGCUACUGGGAGCUGGAGUGGAAGGAGAGGGUGGAUGUGGGCGUGGCCUAUGCAGAUAUCCAGCGCAAACUGGAGGAGGACCAGUGCGUGCUCGGCCACAACGACCUCUCCUGGAGCCUGGAGUGCUACGACGGACACCGCUACACCUUCUGGAGGAACAGCAGGAAGCUGGACCUGUUUGCCCCGCAUCACAUCCGGUCCAGGAGGGUGGGCGUGUUCCUGAACUGGCCGGCUGGCGCCCUGUCCUUCUACAGCGUCGCCACGGACACCAUCCAUCACCUGCACACGUACCAGACCAAGUUCUCCGAGCCUCUUCACGCGGGGUUCAUGGUGUGGCCGGACUCCUCCGUCACCCUGUGCAAGAUCCCGAUGAGAGGCACCCUGUCCAUCCCACAGGCCGCUGAGGCCAGACGGCUCUCUCAGAGUGAGAGCCAGUGACGUGUAGACCCUUUCAAGAGAGUUCCAUUAUCAGCAUCAUAGUUGGCCCCACAAGGCUUCCGUUUUAACAUUCCAUAUGUUAUCUUAAUGCAGAGGAAGUAGAUUGGGAACCAAAUAGAACGUUCGAGCAUUGUUUUUGUUUUUAUUGUUGAAAGGGUCUAUAAAAGACCCUCAGAAGCAGCGACAUAGUUACAGAUGGAUGUUUUAGAUACAGAUGAUGUUUUUCGCUUUCUUGUCUUGAUGUGUAUUAAAUGUUUUGUAUUAUCUAA